ACGCCAUUUUCUGGCCGUUGCGCCUUUUUCACACACUGGGCCCUCGCUGUCUUUUUUUCUCAUAGGAAGUGGCCGAAAUGCCCCCCGGCCGGCCGGUUCCUCCGAAUUAAAUAUGUCUGCAGGCAGGUGAAAACCGUCGUCGUCGAGGCAGUCAACAGUGAGCAACUCAUUUCGGCCGUCGUCCUCGAGACGACAGCGACCCUAGCUAGCUAGAUCUCCGCCGCCGGUGCCGGGUGGCACGCGCCUCCUCGUCGUCGUCGGAUCCAGCCCAACCGCGCGGCGCCGAAUUCGUCGUCGUCGUCGUCCCUAGCUCACGCUGCUUCUUGCUCUCGCGAGGAGUGGAGACGGGACGGGAGACUAGAGAGCAAGCGAAGUUGGACGUAGGCGCACCCGCUUUGCUGCUUCUUACCUGAGCUUUGAAGAAGUAGCAUAACAUAACAUGGCAGGACAGCGUGAGGGCAUGCAUCUGGUUUCGGAGAUGACUGACGCACGUGUUUCAUCACAAGUUGUGGAAGAUAGGGGCACUGAAAAGACUAUGCCAGAAGAACAACUAUCUGUUACUUUAUCUGAUGGAAAGGGGUGCUUUGCUUGCAAUGAGAGAUCACACAACUUGGAGCAGUGCAAGACAAAGUACAAACUUGUUCCUGCAGCACAUCAAUUUGGCUAUGCUACAAAAUUCCCAUUUACCGUUAUUCAGCCUUCCAAUGAGAUGGUUGAAAAGAAGAAAUUUUUCCAACACUGCCUUCUCAUCGAAUCCAAUCUUGCAAACUUGGACGAGAGUAUGCUGAAAGAUGAACUCAAGAAGCUUUGGAACCUUCCUGGCGAUUGGGAGUUAAGGAGAGAAUGCAGUACGACUUUCCUGGCCUCCUUCAGCUCGGAGGAUGACCUAACAAGUUGUUUAAAGAACCCUGAGAUCCAAACAUUACUGGAUAACAAGGAGGUGAAAUUGACUGUAACGAGGUGGAAUGAAAGCGACGAUGGAAGCCCUGGCUUGGUUGAAGAGUGGCUUUUAGUGUCUGGGGUCCCAAGAAUGUAUAGAAACUGGAAGGAGCUAUAUGAGGUUGCUUCUGCACUUGGUGUGCUGAUCGACGUCGAUGAGGAAAGUUUGCAAGUCGGAGAUAAGGAGCCUAUUAGGCUGAAGCUGAAGACAGCAUUCAGGAGUUUUGAUGCUGCUCCCUUUUCUUACUACUUUGCAUUUGGAUGUUGGUCGUCAAGACUAGUAAUGGUCACAGCAGUACAAGACAAAACACAAGGUAUGGAACAUAAAAUUAAGGAGUUAGACUGCAAGGAGCAUAAAAAGGAACUGAAUGUGGCAAAAAGUAUAAUGCUGGAAGAGCCGAAUAGCACUGAAGAAUCAAGAUCAAAUGGAAAGGCCAAAGUAAACAAAAUAAGUGCUCCAGCAGCCACAAUAACAGACUCUGAGGUAAUAGCAGCAAUAGAAAGUUCAAAACCUGAAGGGGUGCAAUCCAUAGCCCAAAGUCCACGAAGCAUGACUGGAGAAGAGAACUUCAGAGGUAUACAAAAACCGCCUAUCAAACAUGUAUUCAAAAGAAGAGGUAAGAAACAGCCAGUUACUACUGAAGCAAUAAACAAGAGCCCGUCAAAUAAAAUGGAUAAAGAAGUGGCUCCACAUAGCCAGAGUAAUGCCACAAGAACUGGAGCUUCAACUGGGUGUGAUAUGCUGGAUCAAAAGGAAUGCUCAAAAAUGGAACCCAAGAGGGAACUGAAUAUGGAAGGAAUAACCCCAGCAGGGGAAAGUAAAAAGGCCGAAAAGAUUGGAGCAUGCAGAAAUUCUGAAUACAGUAAGGUAGCGUCCUCUACAAUCAAGUCAAAGAAGACACAAAUAUUAGGAGACACAUCAAGAGCUCCGAGAGAUGAGUUGAUCACUAAAUAUCCCAAAGGUGACGGGAUGGAUCAAAUGGGAUCAAGCGCCCAAGGUGACGAAAAAGAAGAUGCAUCCAUAAUAGACACAGGGCUACUUCCAAAUUCCGAGGAAGUUGGUGUCUAUGACAGUUUCAGUGAGAUGGGUCUUCAGGAGAAUCUACUCAAGGGAAUAUAUCAAUAUGGUCUGGAGAAGCCUUCCGCGGUCCACCAAAGAGGAAUCGUCCCACUAUGCAAGGGCUUUGAUGUGCUCCAUCGAUCUCUGUCUGGAACAACUGAGACGAUCUGCUCCGGCGUACUUCAGCGAGUUGACUACGGAUCUGCAGAAUGCCAGGCUUUGAUCCUUGUACCGACACCCGACUUGGCACAAGAGACUCUGAAAGUUCUUGAGGCACUUGGUGAGUUCCUUGGUGUUACAGCUCAAACUUGCACAGGAGGAACUAGUGCCCAUGCAGACCAGCAAGCCCUGCUAAGUGGAGCUCAGGUUCUAGUUGGCACCCCUGAUUGCAUUCUUGACAUGUUGCAAAAGCAUGCAGUAUGCCCAGACCAUGUUAGAAUGCUUUUCUUGGAUGAAGCAGAUGAACUACUCACAGGAGGUUCCAAGGAUCAGAUCUAUAAGAUCAUCGUGCAUCUCCCAGACAAGAUUCAGGUUGGGCUCUUCUCCGCUACCUACUCCACCGAAGCUAUAGAGAGCAGCCGCAGACUCAUGGAUAAGCCCGUGGCGGUCAUUGUCCCGAGAGACGAAGAGCUAAAGAACGUCAAGCAGUACUAUCUGGCAGUCGAAAACGAAGGACUGAAGCUACGAAAACUGUUGGCUCUUUUCAAGACCACAGGGACGGAGCAGCUCGUCAUCUUCGCGAACACGCGGGACAAGGUGCUGUCCCUCGCAGAAGACGUCGGCAAGCGUUACGCCGUCUCGGCAAGCCAUGACGGCAUGGACCAGCGCGCCAGGGACGCGGCCGUCCAGAAGUUCAGGUCUGGGUCGUCCAGCAUCCUCAUCGCCACUGACCACGGAGGCACCACCAACGCGAUGCCGCAGGUUCCCAUCAUCAUCAACUAUGAUCUUCCGACAGAGUCCAUGCGGUACGUCCGUCGUCUCCAGCAGCAGAACAGGCAGUUCAGGAGGUCGGUCAGUGUGGCCAUCAGUUUCGUGACUCCUGCUGACCGACGCACCCUCUCCGCCAUCACGAGCUUUUGCAAGUGCUACAUGGGGGAGCUGCCCACCGACUUGAAAUGACCGUACCUCUUUGGUGAGCUAUGGAAUGCAGAAGUAGAACUGGUCAGCAUGCAUGCAUGCACAGGUUCUUCUGGCUGCAAGGAAGCGGCAUGCAUGUUCGUUUCCUCUUGAGAUACUUUGCGCUUGUUGAAAUUUGAAUACUCAUGGAAGGUUUAACUUCCUAUCACUCAGAACCUUGAGUUCCCCAGUAUCUUAUCUUUGAUGUAAUAUUGUUAUUUACUGGAUGUGGUCGUUUGACAGUUGAAUGUUAUAUGAUGACUUAUCUUGUUUUUCAA